AUGGCCGACAAAUUCACGUGCCCACUUGGGGGCCAAUGGUAUGCUUGCGCAUCAGGCUCUAAGUUUGUAGGUUGUUGCAUGUCGGAUCCAUGUUCAACAGGAUGCACACAGGGAAACAUUCGUCAGGUCGGCUUCAACGCGUCGAACUAUGGGAAAUUUCCGGACGCGAGCUGCGGACUGGCUAGCAACUUCUAUACUUGCUCAUCCGGCCGAACCUUCUGGGGAUGUUGUAAAUCAAGACCAUGCUCUGAAGAGCCCACGUGCCCUGACGGCGGAUUGGUGCCUGCUUUCAUGGAACGACCAGAACAGUUCAACUUCUACGCUGCUUCUCAGACCGGAACAGGCACAUCAUCAACUUCAAGUUCUUUGUCAAAAAAUGACGGGGGUAGCAAGUCAAACGGCGCAGUCAUUGGAGGUGCUGUUGGUGGAGCGAUUGGUGGCGUCCUCAUCAUCGGCCUUGUCGUCUUCUUCCUUCUCCGCAGGAGGCGCAGCCAGAAGAAAGCAAGUGAAGAGGCUAUCGGUGUUGCUAGCCCUAUGAUGAAUGGCAAAGGCUUCGAUCGCUCUUCAUCCAACUUCGUUGCCCAGUCACCGCCACCUACAUACUCUGCCACCAACGGAGACUACUACCAGAGCAUGGCACCAACAAGCAAAGUGAACCCUUACACUCAAAGCCCUUACUCGCAAGGACAGUGGGCUCACACGGCAGACGGCCCUCAAGAGAUGGAGGCUGAUGUCGGACCUUCGAACAGAUAUUCCGAGCUCCCAGCGGAGGUCUCGAGGCCCGAAACUCACCAUGGAUACUCGGAGCUCUCUACUGGUCCAAGUUGUCGAGUAUCACCUCAGCACUCACCCAAGCCCUCGCGGACAGAAAAUAAUCCAGAGGUCAUGCCAAAGGGGCUUGGGGUAGUGACUGAGGGGUUAGAGAGUGUAAGACGCUGA